GUGGCCUUCCCGCGCCCGCCCGUCGGGGCAGAGCCGCCGGCCUGAGACGGAGGGCGCUGCUGAGCCCAGGGGUUGAGAGUCCUGGUUCCUGCUGUGGUCCCGGAGCUCCACCUGAGACCGGAGGGAAGCCGUCUGCCCUAUCAAGGUUAUGCUAGUCUUAUGAAACAAGGAGGAGAGUGUUCCUGGUUUACCCCAAGAGUUCCUGUGAGAUUGCUGUUUACUUCCCUGGCUUUUUGGAAGAAUUGAUUGGCAAAACAAGUAAAGCAUUUCCCACUGCUAGGAAUUUAGUGAGGCCAGCAGACUCUACAAUUGGAGUUGGCCACAUCUCAACAACUAAAGGCAUGCAGGGAGCAGCUUCUUACAAGAGAAGCGGAAAUCGCGGAGCUGAAAGCCGAAAGGAACAACACCAGGCUGCUGCUGGAACACCUGGAGAUCCUGGUUUCCCGGUAUGUGCCGUCCCUCCGGAUGACGGCGGGCCCGCAGCAGGCGCAGUCCCCAGCCAGCAUGACCAGCGAGGUGGAGCUGCUCAGGGCGCUGAGAUUGCUCUUUGAGCACCACAAGGCCCUGGACGAGAAGUGGAGAGAGCAACUACGACACGCUCUCGAAAGGUGUAGUUCCUUAGAAGAGGAAUUAAGGACCGCAGACAAACAGGUGCAGAGCCAGAGGGAGCAGGACUGGGAGUCCGCGCAGCAGGCCCGCGUGGUGGCCAGCGUGGCCCAGGCCUUCGAGAGUGACGAGGAUGUGUCUGACGGCGAGGGCGACGGGGUCACCCUCCUCAGCUCGGCCGGUCAGCUGCCGCCCAGUGGGCAGGCCGAUGGCGACACUCUUCCUGUGAUGCUUCAGGAGCAGCUGGACGCCAUCAGUGAAGAGAUCCGGUGGGUGCACCCGAACUCAGCUCGCCAGAAACUGGGCUUCUCUGAGGAGCUGUCUUCUCAGCGGCCGCAGGCCGGUGACCCCGUGCAGGACCAGGCAGAGCUGCUGCUCAGAUAG